ACUCAUUGUAAAGAUACAACAGUAACUGUGGAGGUAUCAGAUGCGGGAACAGGAACGUUCGAUAUUGACGGAUUGGGACUGCACGAUUUUCGGCAUCUCAUUGCCAGGGAAAUCCUCUUGGCUCCGAUGAUAGUUGCUGGACUUUUGGGACGGGUCGAUGUAAAGGCGACGGCAAAAGGAGCUGGUGGAAUAACGGCAUUGCCACGUGCGGUUCGACAUGGAACAGCACUAGGAAUAGCCGCACUUUAUCCGAAGGCGAUGGAACCGCUUCGU